AUGGUGCAGAAGUCGCGCAACGGCGGCGUGUACCCUGGCCCCAGCGGGGAGAAGAAGCUCAAGGUGGGCUUCGUGGGGCUGGACCCCGGCGCCCCCGACUCCACCCGGGACGGCGCGCUGCUCAUCGCCGGCUCCGAGGCCCCCAAGCGCGGCAGCAUCCUGAGCAAGCCGCGCGCGGGCGGCGCGGGCGCCGGGAAGCCCCCCAAGCGCAACGCCUUCUACCGCAAGCUGCAGAAUUUCCUCUACAACGUGCUGGAGCGGCCGCGCGGCUGGGCGUUCAUCUACCACGCCUACGUGUUCCUGCUGGUCUUCUCCUGCCUCGUGCUGUCCGUGUUCUCCACCAUCAAGGAGUACGAGAAGAGCUCGGAGGGCGCGCUCUACAUCCUGGAAAUCGUGACCAUCGUGGUGUUCGGCGUGGAGUACUUUGUGCGGAUCUGGGCUGCCGGCUGCUGCUGCCGGUACCGCGGCUGGAGAGGGCGGCUCAAGUUUGCUCGGAAGCCCUUCUGUGUGAUCGACAUCAUGGUGCUGGUGGCCUCCAUCGCCGUGCUGGCCGCCGGCUCACAGGGCAACGUCUUCGCCACGUCGGCGCUCCGGAGCCUGCGCUUCCUGCAGAUCCUCAGGAUGAUCCGCAUGGACCGGCGCGGCGGCACCUGGAAGCUGCUGGGCUCCGUGGUCUACGCGCACAGCAAGGAGCUGGUCACUGCCUGGUACAUCGGCUUCCUCUGCCUCAUCCUGGCCUCGUUCCUGGUGUACUUGGCGGAGAAGGGCGAGAAUGACCACUUCGACACGUACGCGGACGCGCUCUGGUGGGGCCUGAUCACCCUCACGACCAUCGGCUAUGGCGACAAGUACCCCCAGACCUGGAACGGGAGGCUCCUGGCCGCGACGUUCACCCUCAUCGGCGUCUCUUUCUUUGCUCUUCCGGCCGGCAUCUUGGGGUCUGGCUUUGCCCUGAAAGUUCAAGAGCAGCAUCGUCAGAAGCACUUCGAGAAGAGGCGGAACCCUGCAGCAGGCCUGAUCCAGUCCGCCUGGAGGUUCUACGCCACCAACCUGUCCCGCACGGACCUGCACUCCACGUGGCAGUACUACGAGCGCACAGUGACCGUGCCCAUGUACAGACUGAUCCCCCCGCUCAACCAGCUGGAGCUGCUGCGGAACCUCAAGAGUAAGUCUGGACUCGCCUUCAGGAAGGAGCCUCAGCCGGAGCCCUGUCCAAGUCAGAAGGUCAGUUUGAAAGACCGUGUCUUCUCCAGCCCCCGAGGCGUGGCUGCCAAGGGCAAGGGGUCCCCUCAGGCCCAGACCGUCCGGCGGUCGCCCAGCGCCGACCAGAGCCUGGAGGACAGUCCGAGCAAGGUGCCCAAGAGCUGGAGCUUCGGGGAGCGCGGCCGCGCACGGCAGGCCUUCCGGGCCAGGGGCGCCGCUUCCCGGCAGAACUCGGAAGAAGCAAGUCUCCCGGGAGAGGACGUUGCCGACGACAACAAGAGCUGCAACUGCGAGUUCGUGACGGAGGAUCUGACCCCGGGCCUCAAAGUCAGCAUCCGGGCCGUGUGUGUCAUGCGGUUCCUGGUGUCCAAGCGGAAGUUCAAGGAGAGCCUGCGGCCGUACGACGUGAUGGACGUGAUCGAGCAGUACUCGGCCGGCCACCUGGACAUGCUGUCCCGCAUCAAAAACCUGCAGUCCAGGGUAGAUAUGAUCGUGGGUCCCCCGCCCCCUUCAACUCCCCGGCACAAGAAGUACCCCAGCAAAGGACCCACGGCCCCUCCGAGAGAGUCGCCCCAGUACUCACCUAGAGUGGACCAGAUCGUGGGGCGGGGCCCGGCCAUGGCGGACAAGGACCGAAGCAAAGGCCCGGCUGAGGCGGAGCUGCCCGAGGACCCCAGCAUGAUGGGACGGCUGGGGAAGGUGGAGAAGCAGGUCCUGUCCAUGGAGAAGAAGCUGGAUUUCCUGGUGAACAUCUACAUGCAGCGCAUGGGCGUCCCCCCCGCCGAGACCGAGGCCUACUUCGGGGCCAAGGAGCCGGAGCCGGCACCGCCGUACCACAGCCCGGAGGACAGCCGGGACCACGGCGGCAGGAACUGCAUCAUCAAGCUCAUCCGCUCCGCCAGCUCCACAGGCCAGAAGAGCUUCGCGGCGCCCCCGGCCGUGCCCCCCGCCCAGUGCCCGCCCUCCACCUCGUGGCAGCAGCAGUGCUACGCGCGCCAGGGCCACGGCACCUCGCCCUCCGGGGACCCCGGCUCGCUGGUGCGCAUCCCGCCGCCGCCCACCCACGAGCGGUCCCUGUCGGCCUACAGCGGGGGCCACCGGGCCAGCACGGAGUUCCUGAGGCAGGAGGACGCCCCGGCCUGCAGGCCCCACGAGGCCGGCCUGCGGGACAGUGACACGUCCAUCUCCAUCCCGUCCGUGGACCACGAGGAGCUAGAGCGCUCCUUCAGCGGUUUCAGCAUCUCGCAGUCCAAGGAGAACCUGGACGCCCUCAACAGCUGCUACGCGGCCGUGGCCCCGUGUGCCAAAGUCAGGCCCUACAUCGCGGAGGGCGAGUCGGACACGGACUCGGACCUCUGCACCCCGUGCGGGCCGCCGCCGCGCUCGGCCACGGGCGAGGGCCCCUUCGGCGACGUGGGCUGGCCCGGGCCCCGGAAGUGAGGCCGCCCGCCGGCCUCUCCCUGACUCCCGGCCUCCGGGUCUUGAGGCGGGACCCCCCGGGGCCCUUUUCUUGCAGGAACGCGGCAGGGGUGCCGCGUGGGGCAGUGGCAGGCGCGGCCCCUGGUCUCUCGCACCAAGGUUGGCAAGAAUUCUUUUCCAGCAAGGGGCAGCCAGGCUGGCCGUGCCCAUCUGCAGACUGUUGGCCCAGGUGGGACAGAGGCCAGGGCCAAGGCUGAGGACAGGCCACUGGCAGCCAGGUGGUGGGCUGGGAGCAGGGCCGGGUGAGGGUGGCAGCGAGGGGCAGGCUGUCUCCUGAAGAUCGCGGCCUGGAGGCUGGGGAGGUGUGGCAGCCCCCUGGCGCGGCCUGCCCCACCCCGCCGUUUCUGCCCUGCCCCAUCCGCCUGCCAGCCCCGCUGGGGCCGUGGCCCUCGCCUUCUGGGUGCCCGUUCAGAGCUGCUGGUCAGUGUCGCUGCCCUUCUCCCGCUGGGUUCUGAGCGCCCUGUGGUGAGAGCCAGCCCCACAUCCAGGGCCCUGGCUUGGCAGGGUGGAGGCGAGGCGGGCCCAUCCUGGAGCAGAGGGACGCUCAGACCUCCUGAACUUGGCUCUGGUCGGGAGGGGCCCCGCAGGCUCCAGGGGUCCUUGGGGGCUCCCUUCCAGACCUGGAACGCGGGGGACUCUCCCCUCUGCCCUGGCCAGGCGCUGGCCACCAGGCUGCAGCCAGCCCUGCGAUGUGGGCCAGCCUGCGGAGGGCACCCCUGGGGCCGGGUUAGGGUUCCAGGGUCCUGUGCUGGGCGUGUCCUGGGGGCGGGAUUGCUCGCUUCCUCUGCUGGGACCCUGCCUCGCCCGGCCCCCUUCAGGCCCCCCAGGCUGGCCUGGACGAGGCCGUUGGGAAAUCCUUCAGAGCCUCGCAGGGUGGUGGAGGGCUGCUCUGUCCUGGGGGUGUCUCCUGCCCCCAGCCAGUCCCCUCCACUGACUGGCUUGCGCUGGGGCAGGGGCCCUGCCCCCUUCCCCCCCCCCCGUCCUGGCACCUUGGCCUGAGGGGCAUCAGCCAGCGUGGGAUCCCCAACCUGGGCCUUUGGCGGUCGGUCAGCUGGGGGUCUGGUAUUUGGGGUGACAGGACAGCAAGUCUGGACACCUCGCCCUCUGAGGGGUGACUGUACACCAGCACCAGGCUGGCUAAGCCACCGUGUCGGGGGAGAGCCUGCCUGUGUCCCCAGCAUGCUUCGGCCACCCCGGGCCGGGGCGGUCGGUGGGAGAGGCCACCUGUCCUCCAGGAAGGGCUUUGAGAGCGUUGUCCGCGGGGCACGUGCCCCUGGCUGUUGGGGUCCUGGCGCGCGGAGAUCUUCAGGGAUCGGAGUCUCUGCUGAGCUUCUGGGUGUGGCCCUGCCCUUGCCAGGACCCCCAGGGUGAGGGUGGGCUUGGCACCGGGCAGGAGGACCCAGCUUGGGGCUGGAAGCUGCGGACGGUGUGCCGGCCUGCGCCCGAGGACGCCCCUCCCUCCCCGCCUCCUGGGGCCCCACUCCCCUGAGUGUCUGCUCCGUGCACCCCAUCCUGUUCUCCGGGACGGUGUGUCCAGCCUCAGACACCCCAGGGGUGAGGAAGGCCCCUUCCCGUGUGGCUGGUGGGACGAGGCCCAGGCCCGUGGGCUCCUCUGGGAGAGAUCUGAGCCCCCGCCCCCACCCUCCUGUCAUGGGAGAGGGAGACCCCCCAGCUACAGGCCCCCAGAAGCACAUCCACGCCCCACCCCACCCCGGCCGCUGCUCCAAGGCCCUGGGAGAAGCCGCCUCAGGUGGCCAGCAGCUGGGGCCUGUCCCCUGCGGGGUCUCGGCCGCCAUGGCCCCCGUCCUGGUGGGGGCCCUUGGCCCAAGAGAGAGGGUUGUGUUCUGUUCCAUGUGCUGCCUGUGCCGUGGGCCGCAUGUUGGGAGGAGCCCCCGGAGCCGCCCAGCCAGACACAGGUGCCAAGGCCACCGCCCAAAGGCCCUCAGGUCACGGCAGGAGAGGCGGAGGCUAGACUGUCAGCAGGGGGGGCCGUGGAGGCUCCAAGGAAGCCUAACCCCUUGGAAAGCAGGAGGCACACGUCUCUGCUCAGGGGAUGGUUGGGGCGCAGUUUGGGGAUGGGAGGGUGGAGGCUCCGCGGGGCCCCCGGACCCCGGCCACGCAGCAUGUGCUCCUCCCAGUGCCUGCCCGCUGCCCAGCGCCCCUCGGGAGCCGUCGCAGGAAAGUGCCCGCUGCCCAGCGCCCCCUUGGGAGCCGUCACAGGAAAGACUUUGUUGGAAAGUCAGCGCCCUCUCUGGGCAUGCGUGUGACUCCGAGAGGGCGACCCUGCCCUGCGGCAAGCGUGACAAAGGUUUCUCAAGACAAGUGUAUUUGUUACUAGGCCCCCUUGCACAGGCCUGUGCUCACAUGCGCCUGCAAACACACACACACACACACACGUGGACACACGCACACGCCCACGUCCCAUGUCCACAUACCCGCACAGGUGCCUCAUCCCGCUCGUCUCUGAGGCUCUGUCCCCUUUAAGCCCAAGGAAUUAACAGCUUUGGGAGCUGCAGGUGGUCCUGGAACCUUGACCCCCGGGUGGAGGCUCCAGCUGCCCCGGCCUCUGGGCAGAUGCAGGGUCCUUGCUGCCCUUGCCUCCUCCUCAGCGGCCGUGGAGGGGUCCUGAGCACCCGCUCAGCCAGAGGCCAAGAGACUGCCUGUGGCCAGGGGUCCUGGAUGUUCACAGGGCGUCUCGUGGUGGCCUCUCUGCCCUCCUUGGCCGGGUGACCUAGCUUCUGCACCCCUCCCUUCACUGGGCCGCCCUGGAGGGUAGAGGGGCAGGUGACAGAGCCACAGCGGCACCACCCCGCUUUGGGGAGACUUGCUUCAAAACCCCAUUUGGAGACUCGGGGGGGGGGGGGGUCCAUAGCACGAGGGGCCCGCCUGGUUAGCACGAAGAAGGGACCCCUACCCGGCCCAGUCCCAGCCCAGAGUCAUCCCCCACCCGCAACUCCCCCCGCUUUCAUGGGUCAGUUUAGUGUUAACGUCUUCCCUGCCCCGGGCGGGGGGGCCCUCAGGGAUCCCAGAUCUGAGAAGUAGACACGGGAAAGGGGGAGGUGUCCUCUGCCAGCCCCACCUUUAGGGAGCACCUGUGGAGCAGGUGCCCACCCCACUGCUGUUUGCAGCCAAACUUGGCCCUGGGCCAUUUCUAGAUGCUUCUGAAGCCCAGAGUGGGGAGGGCUGCCUGGAGGCCUGUGUAGAGAGCCUGGCAUUGGUAUGAUUUCACACUCACCCUGGAUGGUGGGCAGCGUGCAGAGCGCUGGGUGGAGGCACUUGCCCUGAUUUCUGUCGCUCCGAGGCACGGGCCCAGGAGCAGAUGCCGUGUGAAGAGGGAUGGCCCGACAGCGAGGGCGCGCCGUUGGGGGGUGGGGGGAGCGCUGAGCAGCAGGUGGGGCUCUGGACGCCGUGCCCCCUGUGCACACUGGCUCCGGAUGCCUCCUGCCUGGCCGAUGCUGUCCCGAGAGGUCUGCCCUCGGCCAUGGUGCGGGCAGCUGUGCCCUCUGGGACCCCUGAGCGGGUCUUGGGUGUGCCAGCAUUCAGUGUGGGAUGGGAGGGCUGGAUGGGGCCCCGAAGGGAUGGGCUGCCUCCUGCACCCCCAGGGACAGCUGCACUUGGGCCCUGCCAAGUGCAAAGGGGGAGAGACCACCGGGGAGGGCUUCCCAAGGAGGUGGCAUGCUGGGAGCUUCCCGCCUCCCUCUCUCCAAGGGGCCUGGGGCGCCUGCUGCCCAGGUCCAGGCCCUGUGUAGCCCCUGGAGCGUGUGGGCCCAUUGUUUGGUUCUGGAUUCUGCUGUCUCCUGAGGGGCAGGGGCUGGAGGGAGGGAGCUUAGGAGGCAGGAGGAGGGGACAGUGACCUCUGGUCUCGGACUCUUGUGUGGGUGGCCCGGCCAGUAGAGGCAUGGCCUGGGGGCCCUGUCUAGAGAGACCCUAGGGACAGGCAGAUCAGGUGCCGGCAGGGGAGGGGGACCCUGCUGGGGGGAGGCCUUUGGUCCUGGCGUUUCCGGCCGUCACGUGGGCUUUGCGGUGCGCCACACGUCCAGCUCUGACCGGGUUCGUAAAGUUGCCUUAAUGUGCACUGAUGAAAAUCCAUUGAGGUCACCCCACGUCCCCUUGGCAUCUGCCAGGCACCCACACGGGCCACGCCACCCCUCCCUGGGGUCUAUGGGACCCGCUCCACAGCAAGCGCAGGGCAGGAGGAGGCUCUCUCGUCAUCACUCCUGAGGGCUUGGCUGGCACGUCCGCCUGGGACCCCCGGGGCCCUCCGCGCCCCCACCAUCCCCCAGCUGUCACCCUCCGGCCCGAAGGUGGCUCAGCCCCCAUCUGUGCUCUUGCCUUGGCUGUCUUUGCACUUUCGUUCAUGUUCACGCUCCAAAGAUACGUCAUGAUGCCUUCAGUGCCGACCGCAGCGCCUCCCGCGUGUCCCUGCAGCGCAGCUGGGUCUCUUCUCGUGGACGUGUCACCGCCUGUGACAGGUGACGUGUGCCCUCCGUUUUCGAGCGACAGACGCUCAGGGGAAGAGCUCUAGUUUCCUAUGGACUCAGCUCACUGUCAGGUCGAUGCCUGUGCCGUCAGAUGGCCAGGGCGGGUUUGCCCGGGGACCGUGGGUGUGGAGUCAGGCGGCGGGGACGCUGGGGACAAUUCUGGAAAGCUCUGCUGCCCGGGGAUGAGUCCGGAUGCCCAGUGGGUCUGUGCACUUAGUAAACACAGUGGUUCAGCCUG